GCCAGCGCAGUUUAAGGAGGAGGCGGGGGAAGCGGCGGGAGGAGUGGGUGGCAGGCAAGGCUGCGGGCAUAGAAGAAAGUGUCGGAGCCGGUUCGGCUUUAGAGUGUGGUGAAGGAUACGGUUCAUGGUGCAUGGAAGGAAAGCCAAUGCGCAGGUGUACCAACAUUCGACCAGGAGAGACUGGAAUGGAUGUAACAAGCCGAUGCACCCUUGGAGACCCCAACAAGCUGCCAGAAGGGGUUCCCCAACCUGCCCGUAUGCCCUACAUCUCAGACAAGCACCCUCGACAGACCCUGGAAGUAAUUAACCUUCUGAGAAAGCACCGGGAGCUAUGCGAUGUGGUGUUAGUUGUGGGUGCUAAGAAGAUAUAUGCACAUCGUGUCAUUUUGUCAGCCUGUAGUCCAUACUUCAGAGCUAUGUUUACAGGAGAAUUGGCAGAGAGCCGUCAGACAGAAGUGGUGAUACGAGACAUAGAUGAAAGAGCCAUGGAGCUACUGAUUGACUUUGCGUAUACCUCCCAGAUAACUGUGGAAGAGGGCAAUGUUCAGACUCUUCUGCCAGCUGCUUGUCUGCUUCAGCUGGCAGAAAUACAGGAAGCCUGCUGUGAAUUCUUAAAGAGACAAUUAGAUCCUUCUAACUGCCUUGGCAUUCGGGCUUUUGCUGACACACAUUCAUGUCGUGAGUUGCUAAGGAUAGCAGACAAAUUUACCCAGCAUAACUUUCAAGAGGUGAUGGAAAGUGAAGAGUUCAUGUUGCUUCCAGCCAAUCAACUCAUUGAUAUAAUAUCUAGUGAUGAACUGAACGUUCGUAGUGAAGAACAGGUAUUUAAUGCAGUGAUGGCUUGGGUCAAAUACAGUAUUCAAGAAAGACGUCCUCAGCUACCCCAGGUGCUACAACAUGUUCGUCUGCCUUUGCUUAGUCCCAAGUUCCUGGUGGGUACAGUAGGCUCAGACCCCCUCAUCAAAAGUGAUGAAGAAUGCAGAGACUUAGUAGAUGAGGCUAAAAACUACCUUCUAUUGCCUCAAGAACGGCCACUAAUGCAGGGACCAAGGACAAGACCACGUAAACCUAUUCGAUGUGGAGAAGUGCUCUUUGCAGUUGGUGGUUGGUGCAGUGGCGAUGCCAUUUCCAGUGUUGAACGAUAUGAUCCACAGACCAACGAAUGGCGAAUGGUAGCUUCAAUGAGCAAAAGGAGAUGUGGUGUUGGGGUCAGUGUUCUUGAUGACCUAUUAUAUGCAGUAGGAGGCCAUGAUGGGUCCUCUUAUCUUAAUAGUGUUGAAAGAUAUGACCCCAAGACAAACCAGUGGAGCAGUGACGUGGCCCCGACAAGUACCUGCAGGACAAGUGUUGGCGUGGCAGUUCUGGGAGGCUUUCUCUAUGCUGUGGGUGGACAGGAUGGUGUGUCUUGCCUCAACAUUGUUGAGAGAUAUGAUCCAAAGGAGAACAAGUGGACUCGUGUGGCUUCUAUGAGCACUAGAAGAUUAGGCGUUGCUGUGGCUGUAUUAGGAGGAUUUUUAUAUGCUGUAGGUGGUUCUGAUGGGACAUCUCCACUCAAUACAGUGGAGAGAUACAAUCCUCAGGAAAACAGAUGGCAUACUAUAGCCCCUAUGGGGACCCGGAGGAAACACCUGGGCUGUGCAGUGUAUCAGGACAUGAUCUAUGCCGUAGGAGGCAGAGAUGACACUACAGAGCUUAGCAGUGCUGAGAGAUACAACCCCAGGACCAACCAGUGGUCUCCAGUGGUGGCUAUGACAUCACGCCGAAGUGGAGUGGGCCUGGCGGUGGUGAAUGGACAACUCAUGGCAGUAGGAGGUUUUGAUGGCACAACAUACUUGAAGACCAUUGAAGUUUUUGAUCCUGAUGCCAAUACAUGGAGGUUAUAUGGCGGGAUGAAUUAUCGUCGACUAGGGGGUGGCGUCGGAGUUAUUAAAAUGACACAUUGUGAGUCCCACAUAUGGUAAACAUCAAGUCGGUCAUGCUUAUGCACCUGUAUUCUGGAGAGUCUUGACUUUGGAGCUUUGUACAUUUCAAGAAAACAUUACAAUUUUACUCUUUGCCGGUGCCUCAACAUAUGGAAAUACAAAUCCAAUGAAACUACUUCACCUGCAAGAUGCCACCUUUGCACAAUAAUUUUCAGCUCUGAAGAAUAUUUAUUUUUUAUUUUAACUUAUCAUGUACUUUUUUUGUACUUAACCUUCUUCCUAC